AUGGCCGAGAAGAAAGAUGGUCCGGCAGAGCAACCGGAUAUCAGCGCCAUUCAUCCGAGCUCCUCGAACGUUCAAGGACAGUCUGAAAUAACCAAAGCGCCACAAGAUGGCAUCCUUGACGAGGCCGCUGAGUUCUUGGCGAACGCGAACGAUUAUCCGCCAAUGACUCCAGAGAUCGAGAAGAAGAUUGUCAAGAAAAUCGAUGCUUGGAUGAUUCCACUUUUACUGUUUACCGCCACCCUCGGAGCGGUCGACAAAGUCCAAAUGGGAACGGCAUCUCUCUAUGGCUUCCAAACAGAUAAUUCCUUUGUUGGACAACAGUAUAGUUGGCUCGGAAGUGUUCUGCCCUUGGGGCAACUGAUCGGAUAUGUCAUCGCGUCUUACCUUGUCCUCCGAUUUCCACCCGCGAAGUUUCUAUGCGCUGCAUCCUUACUCUGGUCGGUUUUGACGCUUUUGCAUGCACCAUGUCGAAGUUGGUCCGGUUUCAUGGCUCUUCGAUUCUUUAUGGGCUUCAUCGAGGCUGCUAUUUCCCCAUCAUUGACGAUUCUCGUCUCAAGCUUUUACACAAAGAAGGAACAGCCCCCAAGGAACGCUAUUAUCUUUGCCUACUUCUCCUCGGUUUUCAAUGGCUUCUUCGCAUGGUUAGUCGGCAAGAUCCCGGACUCAGCCCCUCUUCUCAAAUGGCAAUAUUUAUAUCUCCUGACCGGAACCAUCAACGUUCUUUACUCGAUAUUCAUCUGGUUUACCCUACCGGACAGCCCUAUGAACGCUCAUUUCUUGACCGAUGAGCAGAAGUACUAUGCGACAAGGCGUCUCGCUGCUAAUCGCACUGGUAUUGCCAACAAGGUCUGGAAGUGGGAUCAAGUUUGGGAAGCUUUGCUGGACAUCAAGAUUUGGAUCAUUUUCGUAUUCAAUAUCUUCAUCAACAUUCCGAAUGGGGGCCUUGUCAACUUUGGCAGCAUCAUUAUCAACAACCUGGGAUUCACUUCCCUGGAAGCUAGUCUACUGACCAUGCCGUUUGGAGUUCUGGCGACAUCCAGCGCCUGGGCGUUCAGCUAUCUGGCAGCUAGAUGGCAUAACCGAAGAACGCUCGUUGCCUGCAUCGCUCUUUUGCUGCCCAUCCUUGGGACGGCACUCGUUCAUGGACUUCCAAGAACGAACAUUGCAGCACAAAUGGUCGGACUCUAUUUCAUGUAUUUCUACUGGCCCCCGUACGUGGUCGGCAUCUCUCUCCCGCAAGCCAACACCGCAGGACAAACCAAAAAGGCUGUCUGCUUCAGUUUGGUCCAAGUUGGUUAUGCGGCUGGCAACUUGAUUGGACCGCAGACAUUCAUCUCAACCCAGGCACCGAAAUAUAACGGGGCAGUCAUUGCGAUGCUUACGAGCUACGUUGUCAGCAUGGUAUUGAUGCUAGCUUACUGGCUGGUGGCGCUCUUGGAGAACAAGAGGCGUGACAAGAAAUAUGGCAAGCCGGAAGCGGUUCACGAGGGAACAGUCGACGGGUUCGUAGAUAUCACGGACAAGAAGCAAAAGGACUUUAGAUAUACCACCUAG